CGAGGCAGACCCCCACAUCGUUUUCCUCUGCUUCCCAAGGCCAGCCAGAGCGGGUCGAGCCGGACCAACGCCAUUACAAAAGCUGCGAGAGAGGUGGAGAGGCAGAGGAAGGGGAGGAAGGCGUAGGGAAGGAAUUGAGGUGGGGUGGGGCUGUAGAGUGAGUGAGGGACAGAGGGUAGGGAGGAAGCGUAGGCUGGCGAUCGCGGGGGCGAUGACGACGGGGGGCAUGCCGGGGUCGCCGGUGGGCUCGGCCGCGGGCGGCCCCGCGGCGCCGGAGGUGGCGGCGAGGGACGCGGUGAUCGGGUGGUUCCGCGGCGAGUUCGCGGCGGCCAACGCCAUGAUCGACGCGCUGUGCGGCCACCUCGCGCAGAUCGGCGGCGGCGGCGGGGCCGAGUACGAGGCCGCCUUCGCCGCGCUCCACCGCCGCCGCGCCAACUGGUUCCCCGUCCUCCACAUGCAGAAGUUCUACCCCGUCGCCGACGUCACCGCCGAGCUGCGCCGCGUCGCGGACGCCCGCGCCGCCGCGGCCGCGGGGUCCUGCUGCUACUCCGACGAGGCCGCGUCCACGGUGAUCCACGAGCCCAUGGAGGACCUCCCCGCCGAGCCGGAGCCGGAGCCGGAGCAGGAGCAGGAUCCCGUACAGCAGGAUCCGGCACCGGCGGCCGAGGAGGCCGACGGCGGCGCCGUCGCCAGCCCCGCCGCGGAGUACCACGAGCCGGACGCGGAGGUGGAUUCCUCGGGAGAUUCGUCGGAGCGGAAGGCCGCCUCGACGGAAGACGACACCGUCGCUGACGGACAUCAUACUGAUCAAGGAUCUCAAGGGGAACACAGCCUACCAGAGAGCUAUCCCAUCUGCUCUGACCAUGAGGAGUGCAUUGCCCGUCCCGAGAGGAUCAAGAUCCAGAAAGGCUUCGUGGCCAAGGAGUCUGUGAAGGGGCACAUGGUUAAUGUUGUGAAAGGCUUGAAGAUAUAUGAAGAUGUGUUUACAACAUCAGAGAUCAUGAAAGUUGCAGAUUUCAUCAAUGAAAUUCGUCAGGCUGGCAGAAAUGGAGAACUUUCAGGUGAAACCUUCAUAUUCUUCAACAAGCAGAUCAAAGGAAACAAAAGGGAGAUCAUUCAGCUAGGUGUCCCAUUAUUUCAACCUACCACCGAGGAAGCUAAUUGUCACAUAGAACCAAUCCCCCUCGUCCUGCAGGCUGUCAUUGACCACCUUGUUCUUUGGCGUUUAAUACCAGAAAGCAGGAAACCAAACAGUGUCAUCAUCAAUUUCUUCGAUGAGGAUGAACACUCUCAGCCCUACUUCAAGCCUCCUCAUCUGGACAACCCAAUUUCCACUCUUCUGCUUUCUGAGACUACAAUGGCAUUUGGCAGGUCACUUGUCACUGACAGCAACGGCAACUACAAGGGGCCCCUCACACUUUCACUAAAGCAAGGGUCCCUCCUAGUGAUGCGUGGGAACAGCGCGGACAUGGCGCGCCACGUGGUGUGCCCGUCGUCCAACCGGCGCGUCAGUAUCACGUUCGCGCGGGUGAGGCCGUCCACGCCGGUGGACCUGAGCCCGCUUCCGUCGCCCACCAAGGCUAUGACGCCCUGGCAGCCGCAGCCGGCCGUGGCCGCCCAGGUGACGGCGCCCGGUUGCAUGGCGCAGAAGGCUCCCGUCGGCGGCGCCAUCAUCGGGUACGCCACGGCGCCACAGGCCGUGCUGACGCCGGCCGCGUGGGGCAUGGCCGUGCGCGCCCCCGUCAUGAUGGUGGCGGCGGCGCCCGGGAGACCCAUGGUGAUGGCCUCCUCUGGCUCCGGCGGCGGCGGCGGCAACGUCGGCAAGCGGAUGGGCCGCAGCGGCACCGGCGUGUUCCUGCCGUGGACGGUCGGGCCGAAGAGGUACAACAAGCACCUCCCGCCGCGCAUCCAGAAGCGCCGGUUCUCGGCGAUGAUGUCGCCCAUCGAGGCGCAGGGCUGAGGGCCCGCCCGGCGUCACCUCGCCGUCGAACCGAACCGCCGAGUAGGAGGAGACAAUGAGCCAUCGUUCAAUUCGUAGGCGUUCUUGGAGUGUUUUUGUUUUCUCUCGUCUUCGAAGCAAAAAGAAGGAAAACGAAACAUGGGUCGAAACGCGCGGGCAGCUGAGUUUGAAACGGGUCGUGUUGCACGUCCCUACCUGUGUAUUUCGGUGACUAGCGUCGCGUCGUCGUCGACUCGUCGUCUUGGAAAGUGGUGCUUUCGUGUGGUUUUUGGUCUGCCUGUAAUUUAGCCGGGUUUGUGGGCGUCUGAGCGAGUAGCAGAGUUCAGAAGCCGUAGAGAGAGUAUGAGGGUAGGGAUAGGUGAAGUCAGAAUCAGGACAGGGGUUUCUUUUUGUUUUUUCAUUUUUUUUCACCUUUUCAUGUUCCGAGAAGAACCUGAUGGAUGUUGCCAUGCAUGCAUGUCCUGCUGAGUUUGCAGUCCUAUAUAGGUAAAAGAUGCAUCUUGUAUUCACUUGCUGAA